UUAACAAUUUAACUUAAGUUAAGCUAACCUCACAAGUCAUUAAACAACCGCAACUUGCCUGCGAAUCACACGAAUCUCUUGACCAGGCUUAACAGUACCGAUUUAGCUGAAAAUGGAAAUCACUUUUCAUGGGAAACGAGCGCUUGUCACCGGCGCCAGCCAAGGUAUCGGACGUGAUAUUGCCCUGCAGCUUGCAAAAUGUGGUGCAAAAGUGGUUGCUCUUGCCAGAAACAAGGAUCUUUUAGAAAAACUCAAAUCUGAACAUCCGAAUAUUGAAAUCGCGGCGGUGGACUGUUCAAAUUGGACUGAAACUGAAAAAGUUCUUGAUUCAUUAGGACCUAUUGAUUUAUUAGUAAACAAUGCUGCCGUUGCAAUUCUCGGUCCCAUUGGUACCAUUACUGAUGCAGAUUGUGAUAAGACAUUUGCAAUUAAUGUUAAAGCAGUUAUUAAUUGCACUCAGCAUGUGGCAAAGUCCCUGAAAGCUCGUGGCGUAAAAGGAUCAAUCGUGAAUGUUUCCUCACAAGCUGGCACUGCAGGAUUGGGAGAUCAUGCAGUUUACUGUGCAAGUAAGGCUGCCGUUGAUGGUUUCACCCGAUGCGCAGCGACUGAAUUGGGCCCGGCUGGUAUUCGGGUGAAUAGUGUGAAUCCCACUGUGAUUAUGACAGAUAUGGGCAAGUUACAUUGGGAAGAUCCAGUUCAUGCUAAACCUAUGCUGGCUAAGAUUCCCAUGGGAAGGUUUGGCGAAGUGUCCGAAGUUACCGAUGCUGUUUUGUAUCUUCUAAGUGAUAAAUCUUCUAUGAUCUCAGGCACGUGUCUUCCUAUCGAUGGUGGGUUUAUGGCAAACUAAUUUUUCAUCAAUAAAAUUGCUUGAAUGGCUUAA